CCCGCUGAAGAAGAGCGCCAGCCUCCUUCAGCAUCAGCACCAGUCGAGACGUUUUCUCUCCCCACUGCGGAACAUCGGCCCGCUUUCAGACCCACCGAGCCAUGGACAACACCGGCAAAGAGAAGGAGGCCAUGCAGCUGAUGGCCGAGGCCGACAAGAAGGUCAAAGCGUCGGGCUCGUUCCUGGGAGGGAUGUUCGGGGGGAACCAUAAGGUGGAGGAUGCCUGCGAAAUGUACGCAAGAGCAGCCAACAUGUUUAAGAUGGCAAAGAACUGGAGUGCUGCAGGGAAUGCAUUCUGCCAGGCCGCCCGGCUCCACAUGCAGCUUCAGAACAAACUGGACUCCGCUACAAGCUUCGUUGAUGCCGGCAACGCCUACAAGAAGGCCGACCCGCAGGAGGCCAUCAACUGUUUAAACCAGGCCAUUGACAUCUACACUGACAUGGGCCGGUUUACCAUCGCAGCCAAACAUCAUAUCACCAUAGCAGAGAUUUAUGAGUCUGAGCUGGUGGAUAUUGAAAAGGCGAUUGCUCACUAUGAGCAGGCAGCAGAUUAUUACAAGGGAGAGGAGUCAAACAGCUCAGCUAACAAAUGUCUUCUGAAGGUCGGACACUACAGCGCUCAACUGGAACAGUAUCAGAAAGCCAUUGAAAUCUACGAACAGGUUGCUAUGAGCACUAUGGACAAUCCUCUGCUGAAGUACAAUGCCAAAGAGUAUUUCUUCAAAGCGUCAUUGUGUCACUUCAUAGUGGAUGAGCUUAAUGCUAAGUUGGCCAUAGAGAAGUAUGAAGAGAUGUUUCCAGCUUUCUCAGACUCAAGAGAGCUCAAACUGCUAAAGAAACUCCUUGAAGCCCACGAGGAACAGAACAGCGAGGCGUUCACUGAGGCCGUGAAGGAGUUUGACUCCGUGUCCCGUCUGGACCAGUGGCUGACCACAAUGCUGCUCCGCAUCAAAAAGACCAUCCAGGGAGACGCUGGAGACUUAAAGUAGAGAAACAUCAGAAAAGGGGAGAGAGACGCAGAGGAAAAACCCAGGAUGGUGGAGAAAAGUGGCAGAAAAAUGAAUGGGGUUGAGGGAGGGAAGGAUGGUGACAUUGAGAGAGUUUACAAAUGUACAUAUCAGUCUGCAUGUGACCCCAGUCAAAUUAGCACCCCCUUUAAAUCACGUUAAAGCUCCCUGUGUCCCCUGUCCCACAGUAUUGCUCCGUAACACUGGACAGAAUUACACUAAAAGAGACAAAGUGGGAAGAUAAUGUGUGUGUGUGUGUGUGUGUGUGUGUGCGUGUGUGUGUGUGUGUGUGUGUGUGUGUGUGUGUGUGUGUGUGUGUGUGUGUGUGUGUGUGUGUGUGUGUGUGUGUGUGUGUGUGUGUGUGUCCACUCCAGUAGGAUCAAAUCUACUUUUUGAUGAAGUGUGCAUAUAUAUAUGAUACUGAAAAUAUAGAAAUGAUAUUUAAGAAAUUGUUCAUAUUUAUUGUCAAUACUGAAGAUAUUGUUUGUUAUUGUGCUCAGUGUUACAAUUUGUCUAAAUAUUUUAGGUAUCAGCCCCUCUGUAAUCUCCUCUUUUGUUGUCCUUAUGGCUUCACGGCACAUCUGAGUUAGUAAAAUCCCACCCUGUGAUUGGUCAACUCUUGUGAGGGCGGAGCAGUUAGUUAACAGCUAGUUUCUGUUGCUGCCUUCUUUGUGCAUGUCUGCGUUGACAUAAAUGUUCUGUGUUGUACUAUCAUGUAAAAACUUGUGCGUAGCCUGAUACAUUUAUGUGAAAUCAGUAAAUAUGUACCUCAGAUAUUGAGCUGAAAUAAAACAUCAUCACUCUC